AUGUCUCGCUGGAGCGAAUCAAUCUACAGCGAGCCCAAUACAGCUAGAUCGUCUAAUCAUGGAUUUCUUGGAGAACUGGAUACCUGUCUUUACGAGGGAGUGCCUAUGCAAGAUCCCCAACUGGACGCAGAGGCGCGAGAAUGGGCUGCCAGAUUUGUUCAUUUGCGGGUAGUAGGUGUGAAAUGCGGUAUACCAUCCAUAUCGCAGAACGACUCCACUCAACAGUCAACGAAUGCCUUUCAGUCUUCAUCUGAGGUAAGAUACGUUGAUCUAGCUUCACUUUGUAAAUCAACAUAA